ACUGUUUAAUCAGAAAAACAGAGAAACACACAAAAAGCAAAGAUGGAGAAAACAGAGGAAAGUGUCGGGAUCAAAGUCUACACGCCGCAAAAACCAUCACCAUCACCACCCUCUCGUUCGCCCAAACCCUUAUCAAUCUCAUCACUUCCUUCACUUCCCCCAGGAGCCGCAGCAGGAGGAGGAAGAGGCCGCAAACGCCGCAUGGUCGCUCAAGGAGUUCAAAAAACGGUUUCGAAGACAUCGAUGAUCGUCAACUUCCUUCCGACAGGAACUCUCCUGAUGUUCGAAAUGGUUCUCCCUUCCAUCUACCGCGACGGAGACUGCAACGGAAUCAAUACACUAAUGAUCCAUCUCCUGCUCCUUCUCUGCGCAACCUCCUGCUUCUUCUUCCAUUUCACCGACAGUUUCAAAGCCGCCGACGAGAAAAUCUAUUACGGUUUCGUGACGCCGCGUGGACUCGCCGUGUUCAUGAAACCGCCGCCGCCUGAGUUCGGAGGCGGAGGAGACGCGUUCGCGGAAGCGGAGAUACCUGUGAAUGAUGAGAGGUAUAAGUUGAAGGUUAACGACUUUGUUCAUGCAGUGAUGAGCGUUUUGGUGUUUAUGGCGAUUGCGUUUUCGGACAGGAGAGUCACGGGUUGUCUCGUUCCGGGGAAACAGAAAGAGAUGGAUCAAGUUAUGGAGAGUUUCCCAUUGAUGGUCGGAAUCGUUUGCAGUGCUCUGUUUCUUGUCUUCCCGACCACUCGACGUGGUGUUGGAUGCAUGUCUGCUUGAUUUUUCUUUAAGUAUGUUCUGUGUGUUGUGUAUUUGUUGUA